AUGAGUGAUUCCAUAACCGCAGACGUAAAUGCGGCUGCCAAUGAAAUCAUUGUCGAUGAUGACCUUCCACAACCAGAGCUUGCCCAACCGGAAAUGGAUGCAGCAGCUGCUGCUGCAGCUGCUAGUUUGGCUGCAGAACACGCUGCUGCCGAUGGGGGAAACAAGGAUCAAGAUACCUCAGCCCUAAUUGCUGAAGCAGUGGCAGCGGCCACGAUGGCUGCCAACGUUGAAGUUACAGAUGCUGAUGUCACCGCUGCCGCAUUGGCGGUCAAAACUGACGAUGACGAUGCAGCCCAAGCCAAGAAGAACGACCAGAGACGAAAGCGGUACCGUGAGAAGAGCGUUGAAGAUGACACUGUGGAUAAUAAGCCAGCCAAGAAGUCCCAGUCUCACGAAGACCAGCUUGCUGCACGCCGCUUGAAGGAUCGUCAGAGAUACGCCAACAUGACACCAGAGCAACGUCAAGUUUACAACUCCAAGCGUCGCGAGCAGUAUCAUCGACAAAGCGAGCUCUCUAGGCAACGCCGAAGAGAACGUGAACGUUCUCGUUACCAUUCUCUAGAUAACGAAUCGGCAAAGGAACGAAAUGCUCGUCGUGCCAAGUUGGAACGAGAACGCUACCAACGUUUAAGCUCAGAAGAGCUAGAGGCCAAAAACCGCAAGAGACGCGAACGUGCUGCCAUGGCACGUCAAAAGAAAGCAGAAGCAAGAGCAGAUGCUUCGGCGUUGGGGGUUGUUGGAGCCGUGGAAGCCCCCAUUCAUACUGUGGAUGACCUCAAGCCAGACGAAACCAAGCUUGCCACCGAUGCUGCCGUGGAGGCAGCUGUGGCAGAAGUUGGCAAAGAAGUAGUCGAAAGUGCUGAAGAAGUUAUCUCAAUUUAG